UAUAUAUAUAUAUAUAAAAAACUCCAGGCAACAUAAGAGGACAUUAAAGUGCUUUUCGAAGUGGUGGUCCGAGGAUUUCGGGGGUCGUCAUUGGGACGCUUUAGCCGGCUGUCAACGCUGAAUGGGAAAACAAAGGCGAGUCGAGCCAGCUGGUUUUUGCCCCCCUUCUUCUUCUUCUUCUUGCUUGUCAUUCCAUUUCCUCCAAUCCCGCUAACCGAGCGGUACCCCCGGUGCAGCAAACCCCAAUCCACACACCCAUCCCUCCCCCCCCCCCCCCUGAAGAGGAACUGAGCCGAUCCCGGUGGAGCUCUCGCACCAACAUUCCCCCAAUGAACAUACAGAGGUCGCGUCCCAUUAACAUUUCACGUCAUGGACGAUCGCGGCACAAAUCGCACGACUUCGAAGACCUGUCUUGCCUGAGGAGCGCCGCCGAGUCGCCCCAGAGCUUCAGCCCGAACCUCGGCUCGCCCAGCCCGCCGGAGACCCCCGACGCCUCGCACUGCAUCUCCCGCAUCGGGGACUACCUGCUGCUGGAGCCCCUGGAGGGGGACCACGUCUUCAGGGCCGCUCACCUGCACAGCGGCGAGGAGCUGGUCUGCAAGGUGUUCGACGUGGGGCGCUACCAGGACUCUCUGGCGGCCUACUUCGCCCUGGGCCGCCACCAGCACAUCAACCAGGUCCUGGAGGUCCUGCUGGGCGAGACGCGGGCCUACGCCUUCUUUGAGCGCAGCCACGGCGACAUGCACUCGUUCGUGCGCACCUGCAAGAAGCUGCGCGAGGACGAGGCCGCCCGGCUCUUCUACCAGAUCGUCUCGGCCGUGGCGCACUGCCACGACGGCGGCCUGGUGCUGCGAGACCUCAAGUUGAGGAAGUUUGUCUUCAAGAACGAGGCCAGAAGCGCUCUGAAGCUGGAGAGCCUGGAGGACACGUACAUCCUGGCGGGCGGCGACGACUCGCUCUCCGACAAGCACGGUUGCCCGGCCUACGUCAGCCCCGAGAUCCUCAACGCCGGCGGCAGCUACUCGGGCAAGGCGGCCGACGUCUGGAGCCUGGGUGUCAUGCUCUACACCAUCCUGGUGGGGCGCUACCCCUUCCACGACGUGGAGCCCGGCUCGCUCUUCAGCAAGAUCCGCCGCGGCCACUUCAGCGUGCCCGACGCGCUCACGCCCAAGGCCAAGUGCCUGAUCCGCGCCAUUUUGCGCCGCGAGCCCUCCGAGCGCCUGACCUCGCGCGAGAUCCUCCAGCACCCGUGGUUCGAGGCGGCGGCCGCCGCCGCCGCGUCCCCGCCGGGGGCGGCGCCGGGCGGCCGCGGGGACCCGGACCAGAUGGUGCCCGAUGUGAACAUGGAAGAGGAGCACUUGUUCAGCUGAGCGCAAGCACAAGCGGACGGACCGCGGCUGUAGUUUAGCCAUGUUGUUGCUGCCCCCCCCCACCCCCCAUUCAACAUUUAGACGAGAAAAAAAAUACUCCAAGCCCGGCAUGAUGAACAUCAGAGGCUGACCCACAAAUAAUAAUGUAGCAACAUGUGCUUUUUCAAAAAAGGAAAAAAAAAAAUGUUUUUUGUUUCGGUUUGAUGUGGUGUUUGUAACCAUUAGACACGUUUAUUAUUAUUAUUAUUAUUUUUUUUUACACUACGGCAAGCAUGAAGGGACACACUGACGACAGGAUUCCUCAACAUUUCCGGGAUUAAAAAAAAAAAAAAAAAAAAUUGGCAUCUCCUCAGCAAAAUUUUCGCAACUGCGGCGCUGACACCGUUUGGGCCGCCAUUUUCAAUUUGGAACUUCUGGGAUUUGUCAAAAUUGGAAUCUUUCCGUCACAAUUAACAUACAUUUUGCGGAAUUAUGGAGAAUAAACAUUCUUAAAUCCACUUGAAUGUAUUAUGCUGUAGUUGAAAUAAAUAUGACCGUAGCUACUAUAAUAGAUUUUUUUUUAAAAAGUAAAUUAGUUUGUAUUUAUUUAUUUAUAUUUGACUGUCACCCAUUAAUUUUACUCAAAUUUCUGAAAAAUGGAUUGCACUGAUCCAAGCGUUUCAAUGCCUAAACCGAGCAAUCAUGAGACGAUUCCAGAUUUUAAAACAUUUUUUCCUGGGGGGAUUAAAGGUUAAUUACAUGGAAUAGCAAAUCAAAUUUGUUUAUGUAGCUCAUUUCAUACACGAGCUAACGCAACACGCUUUACGUGAUUAAAAGCAUUUAAAUACAAAACAAAUAAAACCUUUUGAAACUGGGAAAAAAGUAACAUUUUUAGUAUAGUAUAGAAUAGUUUUAUAUUCGAGUGUAAAAAAAAAAAAAAUACAUUUUACUAGCCCAAUAUUGUAAUUACCGGAGUCAUUUUUGUAAGUACUAAUAUUUUGGUUUUAGGCGUCACCCCAAAAAAAAAAAUGAAUGUGAGAAUUCCCGACUUUCCCCGUUUAUUCCCCUAAAUUGACGUUAAAUUUCCCGCAAUUUUCUCAGCGUCUUCCGCCGCCAUCCUUUGAAAUUUUCUAUUUAAAGUCUUUAGAAAAAGAAGAGCGCAGCGUUUAUUUAAAUUCAAAUGAUAUAUAUAUAUAUAUAUAGAUAUAUAUUCUACAAAUAAAUACAACUACAAAUCUCUAUAUUUAAAAAUUACUACAUAGCAGGUUGUUUUGGGGUUUCUUUUUUUUUUUUUCGACACAGGACAUGCUUGUCUCACGCCGGGAAGCCAUCUUGUGUGCCAGUACGCCCGCCGCCACUCCCCCCUUGUCACUCGCUGACGGUAUCCUCCAUCUUACUUGAAUUUGUAAUAAUAAUAGUAAUAAUUUUUAAGAAAAUACUAUUGGCAUGCGUCCACGAAAGCUUGACUAGAAGCAAGGGUUGGGUUUUUAUCAGCUUUAAAUAAAAAUUCUCCCUCUGUACGAGUCAAGAAGCCAGUUGUGUUUUAUUUUACAUUUUUUUUUGGGGGGGGUAGACAGAGCUUCCUUUUUUGAUUUAAGUUGGUGCUGAUUUGGUGCUAAUGUUUAGACGUGGAGGUAGGGAAGGAUGUCUUUGGUGGUGCAUGGUGGGAUAUCUGCCUCAGAUGUUCUGAGUGUAUUGUAAAAAAAAAAAAAAAAAUGAAAAAUGGGAAAAAAAAAGAAAUUCUGGUGUUUUGUCCAAAUUUAUUACUCCGUAAAUAAAAUUGUGAACUGCGAUUGGUGUGGGUUUUUUUUCUAAGCAUGUAUUAAAUUAAAGGUGCCCAAAGACAAAUCAAAGUUAAAAUAUUUUCAUAAAAUUUUGGAAUAUCCAUCCAUUUUCUUAGCCGCUUAUCCUCACAAGGGUCGCGGGGAGUGCUGAGACUAUCCCAGUUAAGUUGAUGCACAUCUCCAAUUUCAGCCAUUUAAAAAAAAAAAAAUUUGAGACUUGAGAAAAUUACCAGACAUUUGUUCCUAAAAAUAUAUAUUUUUUUCUGUACGUUGGUGUUUAUUGAUAAAUAUUAGUUUCCAUUGCUCUUUUUAUUUUAUGGGUGUUUUCAAUUUUUGCGCAAAAUGACUUAAGUUCAUCAUAACAAAUUGUGUUCUCAUCAUACUGUAAAAAUAAAGUACUUGAGUUCCAUCGUGUGGGAAAACAACGUGUACAACGUACAAAACAUAUGAAUAUAAAUAUAAAAUAUGUUGUGAUAUUUUAGGAAAUAGUCAAAUGAAACAAAUUAUUCUUACAAAUGCCAGCUGUCAUCAGUAUCAAUAUUUUGAUAUUCAUCCUUGGUUAUUUUUAUUUUUUGUGUGAUUUGAAAUUGUUUUGCAUUUAUUUUGAGACCAGAUGGACGAAUGUCGAUUCAGUCAAAAGCUAAAAAUAUUGACAGGAUUUAAUAAAAGAAAAAAAAUGCACACAAUCAAAAUAAAUCCA